GACAUCUUGGACGCAGUUCCAGUGCUGCUUUAGUUAUUAUCAUUAUUAUACCUAGGCAAACAGUUUUUAUCAUGACGUCAAUUUAAUAACCCGGAAGAAGUUCCUCACGGGGUCAGAUCCAUUUUCGAAGCUAAAUGGUGAAUUCUUGAAACACAUAUAUUUUGAUAAUUCAGUGGUAUGUGAGUGAUCGCUAAAAAGUCGUCAUGUUGGUGUUUCGUUAAACGUCAUAAUUUAUCCCCCUCUUUAAGCAGACAUUUGGCUUGUUAACUUAGAUACUCACGUAAGUAGCUGCUGGCUAGGUUAGCUGUAACUUGCUAGCUGUCAGACAGUCUUUGUUUUGGUUUGGUUUUUCGUAGAGAAGAAUCGUCAUUCUUUCAUAACACAUGAGUGUAUCACUGGUCGUUAUCCGUCUGGAGCUCGCAGACCAGUCUCUCUCUCCACGGAAUUUCCAAUACACCGCCGUCUCCCUUUUCUACCUGUCCCCCUCUCUGCACCCGCAGCUGAGGAUAUGUCAGAGGAGGAUUUGCAGGAGAAAGCUCUGGGCUCAGCCAGGCUUUCUCUGAGUGGGAAGACAGAGCUGGAGAGAGCAGCAGUCCUACACCAGCACAUCGGCAGCAGAGCCAUGGGAGACAUGGUCAUCGAGACCAUCGCACCCAACCCUGAUAAAGGAAUGGUUGAGCAGACUGGGGCAGAGGGAGAGGAGGGUGGAGGAGCCCGCCCUCUAGAGAAUCAACCAGGCGAGAGGGACCCUAAUGAGGGCGCUACAGAGGACAGUGCCGAUGGCACAGAGACGGCUCCAGACUCGCCCUCCAAGCAUCUUCCAGACCAGAUCUCCUUCUUCAGUGGAAACCCCUCAGUGGAGAUAGUCCACGGCAUCAUGCACCUCUACAAGACCAACAAGAUGACAUCCCUGACGGAGGACGUGCGUCGCAGUGCCAUGCUGUGUAUCCUGACCGUCCCCUCCACCAUGACCAGUCACGACCUCAUGAAGUUUGUGGCACCUUUUUAUGAUGUCAUGGAGCACAUGAAGAUCAUACGAGACCCCACCCCUAACCAGUACAUGGUGCUGAUUAAGUUCAGUAGCCAGGCUGACGCAGAUAGUUUCUACACAGCGUGUAAUGGCCGUACGUUCAACUCCAUAGAGGACGCAGUCUGCCAGCUGGUCUAUGUGGAGAGAGCCGAGGUCAUCAAGUCUGAGCAGGGCGCCAGUCUUCCAGUGAUGGAGCUGACAGAGCUUCCUAAGUGUACCGUGUGUCUGGAGAGGAUGGACGAGUCAGUGAACGGGGUUCUCACCACACUCUGUAACCACAGCUUCCACAGCCUGUGUUUGCAACGCUGGGAGGACGCCUCGUGUCCUGUGUGUCGGUACUGCCAGACCCCAGAGCCUGUAGAGGAGAACAAGUGCUUUGAAUGUGGCGUACAGGAAAACCUGUGGAUCUGUCUGAUCUGUGGUCAUAUUGGCUGUGGUCGCUACGUCAGUCGUCAUGCCUACAAACACUUUGAAGAGACGCAACACACGUACGCCAUGCAGCUCACUAACCACCGUGUCUGGGACUAUGCUGGAGAUAACUACGUUCACAGGCUGGUGGCCAGUAAGACUGAUGGGAAGAUGGUUCAGUACGGGUGUGAAGGAGAAACCUGCCAUGAGGAGAAGAUAGACGCUCUGCAAUUAGAGUAUUCUUACCUGCUAACGAGUCAACUGGAGUCCCAGCGCAUUUACUGGGAGAAUAAGAUAGUUCACCUGGAGAAGGACACAGCGGAGGAGAUCAACAACAUGAAGGCCAAGUUUAAGGAGACCAUAGAUCGCUGUGAUAACCUGGAGCGUCGGCUGGGAGAGCUGGCCAAGGACAAGCAGAGCAUGGACAAGAAGUGUGGUCAGCUGUCGACCCGUGUGACAAAGCUUGGCCAUGAGCUGAAGGAGGAACAGGAAAUGAACCGCUGUCUGAGAGCCAAUCAGGUUCAACUACAGGCCCAGCUGGCCGAGGAGGAACGCAAGGCGAGAGAGACGGGCGAGCGUAAGGACGGGGUGAUAGCCGAGCUCCAGGAGCAGCUGAGAGAUGUCAUGUUUUACCUGGAGACUCAGCAGCAGAUAGAAGGUCUUCCUCCAGAGACCAGGACUGAGAUACAGGAAGGAAGCAUCAACAUCGGCGCAGCAGCCACUCCCGCCCCAGGACCCUCCGCCGUAGGCAGAGGCCGCAGGGGGCGGUCCAAAAGGGGGAAGUAGAGAGGACACAACUAGGAAGUGGAGAGAGGAAGGGAUGCCGGAAGUGACCCACAAAAAUGACAUUAUUGAAGUGUGUGAGAGUGCGUGCGUGCGUUUUUGUGCCUCUGUGUGUGCCUGUGUUUGUGCUUUGCAAAAGGACCCUGGCUCCUUAGACACUAUUUGUAGAUGAAGAGGUCAGACGUUAUGUGUAUAUCUCUGCUUUAAGGCGCCCACUUUGCUGAAUUAAAAAAAUGAUUGAUUUGAAAGAGGUUUGCUCUUCUUCCUCGUUACAUAAUUUUUGGGGGUUGACCUGCUUGUUUACGUCCUUAAAGGAGGAGAGAUUCAUGGGAAUAAGGAAGUGAGUAAACUGGACAGUAAUGAUAGAAAGAAAAUACCUCUCAUGUUUGAAUAUGCAGGCUUUUCCAAAUUUAAAAUCAGUAAAUUUUUGUAUGUACAGGUAUGUGUGUUACUACAGUUUACAUGAGUUGUUUAGAAGGUGUUCUGGAUCAGUGGGAGGUUCACUACCAGCUGGUUCUCUGCACUUUUGUCAUUUGUUUUGUCCAACAUCUGAUUCAUCUGAUCUCAUGAAAUUCAUCUGAUCUCAUGUCUCAGUCCAAUCGUGAGAAUGGGGUUUCUGCUGGGGUUUUUUUCUUCAUUUUGAUCAUUUUAACAUGUCAGAACUGAAGAUCUGAGAUUUAAGUCAAGUGUUGAACUGUUUAAUUUCUCAAUUUACGAAUGACCUGUGUCAGACCUAUAGACUGGCACAGGAUUAUGUGGCUGAUGCUUUGGCAUUCCUACACAACUGAGAUGUGCAUCUGUACAAUCUAGAAUAUAUAAUACCAGGGUUUGACAUCAAGGGUUGCCCUAUUUCCUUGGGCAAGUGACUUUAGCAGUCACGCAAGUUGAGCCUGCACUGAGGUUUCCCCAUUGGGCAGGUGAAUUUUUUAUUUUUUUUGGUGUUGUGUGAUGAUAACCAAACUGCAAAUAAUUCCAGUAGCCUAAAAGGGAUCUUUCUGGUUCCUCAGACAAUUUAGCGUAUUUAUAGUCAGGCAAGUUUAGCCAGCCUCGUAUUUUUUGAAAAUACAAAAAAUUCCAGUACUGAUCUUUGAUUCCUCCCCUAUGUGUAGGGGAAAUGCAGGCAAUUCAUGGCACUUCUGCAUGUAAAUAGCAAAUAAAAACAUUUGGGGCAAGUAAUAAGAAUCUUUGAACAAGUGCCUAGCAGAUUUAUGUAAAUCCCUGUAAUGCAGUACAAUACUCUCUACAAAUACAGUCUACAUCAGUUUCACUCCUGUUUCCAUGCACCUACCUGUAUGUAUGCGAUCACCAAAUUCUUCACUAACAACCCACCUCGGUCAAGCAUGAAAAAGCACUCUAUUGCCUCUAUACUGACCAUUAUGAGCUGUUUGUGUUCCUUGAUUAUGUUCCUGUUUGUUUGUGUUGCAUUGCUAAAAGCCUUCCAGUAUGUUCUGUUCAGGCACAGCUUUCCACUAGUUUAGCAUCAACAUUGUUAAAAGCAUGGUGUCCAGGUCAACAUAGACAUUCAAACGGUACACAGCUGCAUACCACCUUUUAUUUUAGCAGUUUAAGUUUUCACUGUGUAUUGUAUUCAUGUUGUUAAAGCUCUCAAUAAAUUAUCUUACUAUUUGUA